GUCCCGGCUUUGAGCACAGCUGAUGCUUCACCAGAACAGCCACUGGAUGCCUUUCCAAACAGGAGAGAUCAGAUCUCUGACCUGUAGCUGAGGGUAACCCUCUGAGAAGCGGAUGAAGAAACAAAUCUUACUACUUUUCACAUACAGAGGACUAGUGAGCAAAGGAAAAAAGAGUAAAAGAAGAAAAUGGCCAAUUUUAUAUUACGGAAAGCCGAGCCCAAGGACGUGUCUGACAUACUGCGACUCAUAAAGGAACUGGCAAAAUUUGAGGAAAUGGAAGAUCAAGUUAUUCUCACUGAAAAAGAUCUCCUGGAGGACGGUUUCGGAGAUCAUCCGUUCUAUCACUGUAUAGUGGCUGAAGUGCCUAAACAUCACCAGAGUGCUGACGGUCAUGUGAUCAUUGGCUUUGCCAUGUAUUAUUUCACCUAUGACCCCUGGAUUGGGAAGCUGCUCUACCUGGAGGACUUCUACGUCAUGAAGGAGUAUCGGGGUUUUGGAAUUGGGUCUGAAAUCCUGAAGAAACUGAGUCAGACGGCGGUCAGGACUCGGUGCAGCAGUAUGCACUUCAUCGUGGCGGAGUGGAACAAACCCUCCAUUGAGUUCUACAAGCGGCGCGGAGCUUCAGAUCUCUCGCUGGAGGAAGGGUGGAGGCUCUUCAAGAUCGACAAGCAGAACCUCCUCAAGAUGACUGACGAGGAGUGAACCGGAUGGCAGGAGGAAACAUGUAGUGUUGUGUUUAGUCUAUGAUUGACCCUCUGGUGGACAGAUCGUUCAGGGUGUGACGUUACUUUCAAAACCUUUGAUUCUUACCCAUAUUUCUAUAUAGCUGUCCUCUUUAUAUGUCAUUGUGUUUUUUUUAAUAACAACAAGUAUUAAAUAAUAAAUGUAUGCAAAUUAGUGUAUAUAUAAAGUAGAAUGCAUCAUUUGCAUGUUUAAACAUUACAUUUUGGAAAACUUGUAGUACAAAACAAUUACUGUGAUUAAUCAAUGAUAUCUAUUUGUUAAAGUUUUUACCCUGUUCACCCGAGUGAAUAGGUGUCUUAAUAAAAUCACUAUUAAAUAUAUUA